AUGGGCGAAGAAGAUCGUCCUAGAAAGCUACAGAAGCUAGACCACGACGGUCCCGAGCACUCCGAAGUGUCAGGACAGAAAGAAGCUGAGAAGUCGACAAGCGAUGAUCACCAAGCUGCCGACGAUGCCACCGGCUCUCAGCAACCAGCAUAUACCAAGGAAAAUGCACCCAAUGCAGAAACAGCGCCUACGGCUCCAGAGCCUGCCCCUUUAUCAAAAAACCAGCAAAAGCGAUUGCUGAAAAUGCAAAAGUGGGAUGAGAUGAAAGACCAACGUAAGGAACUGCGUAAGAAAAAGAGACAAGAGCGCAACGUGCGAAAGAGAGAGCAAAAGAAAAAUGGGGAACUUGUCGAUGCUCCUCGGCGCAAAGGAAAACCAAUUCUUGUUCCAGUAACAUUUGUGAUUGACUGCGGAUGGGAUGAGUUGAUGAACGAUCGAGAGCGCGUAUCACUGGGUUCGCAAGUCACACGGGCAUAUUCGGACAAUACAAAAUCCCUUUAUAGGAGUCAUUUUGUUGUGUCUUCGUUUGAUAAGCUACUCAAGGAGCGAUUCGACACUGUUCUCAGAAAAACUUACGAGAACUGGAGGGGUGUACGCUUCAUGACAGAAAACUUUGAUCACGUUGCCGUCCAGGCCAAAGACUGGAUGAAGGCACCGGAGGGUGGAAAGCUCGCAGGUGCAAUUCGUGGACAGGAAGAAAAAGAACCGUCGCCAGAGGACGGCGAGAUUGUUUACUUGAGCAGCGACAGCUCCGAAACCCUGACUGAGCUUAAACCGUACAGCACCUACAUUAUUGGGGGACUUGUCGACAAGAACCGACACAAAGGAAUCUGUCACAAGAGGGCCACGGAGCUAGGUAUCAGGACUGCAAAACUUCCCAUUGGUGAGCAUCUACGGAUGGCAUCUCGGCAUGUGUUAGCCACGAACCAUGUCGUUGAAAUUAUGCUCAAGUGGCUGGAACUUGGAGACUGGGGCCAAGCUUUUAUGCAGGUUAUUCCACAGCGUAAAGGGGUAUCUUUGAAGACAGCCGAGUCAGAACAUGAAAGCAAGGCUAGCCCAGAACAAGUUGAUACGGAUACGGAUGAAGAGGCAGAAUUGUCUGGCAUUGAGGACAGCGCAGAGACUGAAGCACAAUCAAGUGCUGAUAUCAUGACAUGA